CUCCAUCACUGCAGUGCAUGAUACCGUAUAAUAGAAAGAAAAAAUAUCCAUUUCAAUGACCCACCAACUCUUCUCCACACCUCUGCACCACAGAAUUUGAUUCCCUAAUUUUAACUCUUUUCGCUCUGAGUUUCUGUCCGCCUAUGUAUGUACAGCGUGCAAGCAUUCUAGCCUGUCCGUCGUGUAUAAACAUUACUGAGAUGAAUUAUUCCAUGAAACUAGCAGUAUUGGUGAUAUUUUUGUUUAUCCCAGGCCAGUCGAUCAUCAGUCCUGUUCAGCCAUCUCCAGUAAACACAUCAUUAACAGCCGGAGAAUUCCGGCCUAUGGAGCCCGCAGAGUACAGGCUAAUUGGAAGAAAGGGAGAUGAUCAUGAUGAUGAUUUGUGGAGAAGAAGGCUAGCACCUUUCCAGCUGUGUUUGCUAUGCAAGUGCUGUGCUGGGGCAGCAACCACCAACUGUGCCACUAUGCCUUGCUGCUUCGGCAUCGAUUGCCAACUUCCUAACAAGCCUUAUGGGGUUUGUGCUUUUGUACCUAAGACCUGCAAUUGUACCUCAUGUGCUACUGUCUAGCUACUGCUUUUCAUAUGCAUCAAAACCUGUCCAUGGCUUAACGCAUAAAUGUUUGUACAAGUACACCAAUUGAUACCUGCUGUUCAUGAUCAUGUUGAUUAAUUA